ACAAAAAGCUUUGUAGCAAAAACAAACAACAACAACAGCAGCAACGAAGAGCAGCGCGCAAAAGCAAAAGUAAAAAGACUGUGAAGUGAGAGCAACAAGUAGCGAAGCCCUAAGAGAGUGUAUCGUGGGUGUAUGUGUGCGUGUCAAUACAGUGAGUUUUUGAGAGUGAGAGCUAAACGUGUGUGAAUAAGAGAGCGCGCGCAAGUAAUAAGUGUGUGUGUUCGUUUCGUUGUGAGCAGCGAGAGCAAAAGAGAGUGCGCAGCAGCGUUAGCAGCGAAAAUAAUAAAAGUAACGGCCAAAACCAAUUGCGCAUAGAACAACAAGGCACAGAAGCAAUAUUGCAAGCGCAGAAGCCGAUAAUAAAGCCAACAAGUAAUAAAAUACGAAAAUAAAAUAAAGACCGAAAUUGUGGCUACCGACAGUUUUAAAUUGUGCAAAUAAAAUUAAAUAAUUCAAAUAACAAUUAAUAAACGCAACGCAACGCUUUUGUUGUGAAGAUGGUAAACAGAGCCAACGGCAAACAGGCGAAGGCGGACAAGGAAAAAACGACAACACAGCAGCAGCAACAACCAGCACAGCAGCAGCAGCAGCAACAGUUGCUGGCGUGCAGCAGCAAUGUUGUAAAAACUGCUGAAAAGCAAAGCAAGACUAACAAAUGCAAUAACAACAACAACAACAACACAAAUCAAAGCAAUGCUGCGCGUUCUAAGCACGCCAACAACAAGUCACAACAACAGCAACAACCACAGGCACAGCAGCAACGCAGCAGCAAGAAGGCGCGUCCACAACGACAACAACUAUUCUUUCAACCACUCACACGCAGCAGCAACACCAGCAACAACAAUCAACAGAAACAACAAUUGGAACGUCAACAUGCUGGCAGCAGCAACAAUGUUGCUGUGGCAACAACAACAACAACAACAGUUGCCGACAGCAAUAAUGAACUAGCCUUGACCAAAGUGAAUCCCGCCGAUUUGUUAACUGCUGCUCUCGCCGUACCCUGUGCCAAAUGCUCCAAGCCCGCGCUGCUGCCAACAACAGCCUCAAACAUAAGCAACAGCUCUGAUUUGAGCAGCAGCAGCAGCUAUAGCAGCAACAGCAGCAAUAGCAGCAAAUGCGAUCAGCUGGUGGAUCAGCCAAUUGUUUAUACAAGCAAACAAUAUCGCAAAUCUAAAUCGUAUAUGGGCAGUGCGCAAUAUGCAAGCAAAACAACAAUUGCCAGCAACACUAACAACAACAGCAACAAUGGCAACAACAGCAAUCAUGUGCCUUAUAGACGCUCGCAAAGCGAUCGACGCAAUUCCUUUGAUCGCACAUUUGCCGAGCGUAAUCGCGAUUUCGUGCCCAUUGUACAACCAUUGCGACCUGUAUUAUCCUCAUCAAAUAUCGCCGGUGUUAUAGCGAGUGCCAGCAAAUUGACCAUCAUUGAACGUUUCGGCAAAGGACGCAUCGCCUAUCCCAGUAUGCAGUGCGGGACACUAGACGGAGCCGCCGAACCUUUGUUUCAUCAGCAGCGCAACAACAGAAUGGACGUCUACCAGAUUGACGAUGGUUUCCACUCGGAUGGCGGCACUGAGACGCCGCCGCCGUCGCCGAGCUCGGGCUCAUCCAUUGCCUCGACCUCGGAUCAUGGCUCGCUGGAGAGCGUCGACACUGGGGGCACACAGCGUCUGGCCGUGCUGUCGUUCGAGCAGGUGCGCAAGCUGCACAAUGUGAUGGACGAGAAGGUGGCCAUACAUGGGCGUGGCAAUUUCCCAACACUCGAGGUGACACUCAAAGAUUUGGUGAAUCUGGUGCGACGCAAGCUGGAGGCGGAUGUGAAUGCUGGGGGAGCUGGAGUGCUGGUGAAGGAUAUACGUCUGAAUGGUGGCGCCGCUAGUCAUGUGCUGGCCAGCGAGGAUCAGCCGUACAACGAUUUGGAUUUGAUAUUUGCCAUUGAGCUGAGCUCGCCGCGCGUCUUUGAUCGCGUGAAGACCGCGGUGCUGAACACGCUGCUCGAUCUGAUGCCCGAGGGCGUCUGCAAGCGUCGCAUCUACACGUGCUCCCUGAAGGAGGCGUAUGUGGGCAAGAUGGUGAAAGUGAAUAACAACAAUGAUGGCGAUCGCUGGUCGCUCAUCUCGCUGGGCAACUCGCCCGGCCACAAGAAUGUCGAACUGAAGUUUGUCGACACGAUGCGGCGCCAGUUUGAAUUCUCAGUCGAUUCAUUCCAAAUUGUGCUGGACUCGUUGCUGCUGUUCUACGACUGCGCCGCUUUGCCCAUCUCCGAGAACUUCUAUCCCACGGUGGUGGGCGAGUCUGUCUAUGGGGAUUUUCAGGAGGCGCUCUAUCACUUGCAAAAGAAACUGAUCUCAACGCGACAGCCGGAGGAGAUACGCGGCGGCGGUUUGCUCAAGUACUGCAAUCUACUCGUGCGCAAUUAUACGGCCGUCGACUCGCAGCUGAUCAAGACGCUGGAGCGCUACAUGUGCUCCCGCUUCUUCAUCGAUUUCCCGGACAUCAACACGCAGACCACCAAGCUCGAGGCCUAUUUGCGCAAUCACUUCUGGGGCGUCGACGAGGAGCCGCUGCAGUAUGAGUACCUGAUGCAUUUAUAUCAUGUGGUCGAGAUGUCCACAGUCUGCCUGAUGGGCCACGAGCGUCGGCUGACGCUCAUGUUGAUACACUCGCUGGCCAAUCAGGUGAAGCAGGCGCAGGAUCAUCAGUAUCAGCAGCAGCAGCAGCAACAAGCGCAGCAGCAGCAACAGCAAGCGCAUCAUCAUCAUCAACAGCAACAGCAACAGCAACAUCAUCAUCAUCAACAACAGCAGCAGCUGUAUCUAACACAGCAGCAACAACUGGAGCAGCAAUCAACGUCACAGCAGCAGCAGCAGCAGCAGCAACAGCCUGUGCUUGCUUUGGUUGCUGCUGCGCCAGCGCAAACGCCGCAAACACAAACGAUCUAUGUGCAACAAGCGCCGCCUGCCGUUUGUUGCAGCAGCAGCAGCAAUAGCAGCGCUGCUGGCGCCGCUGCAGCAACAGCAACAGUUGCCGACAACACAACAGCAACACAAACUAUACAAAUACAGGCGGGUCCGCCGGGUCUUAUCUAUGCCAAUGGCGUCUACUAUGCACCUGUGAUUCCCAGCACCAUUUGCACCUGCAACUCCACCUGGCUGAGCACGUGAUUGUUGUCACAACAGCAGCAGCAGCAGCAGCCAACACAACAGCAACAACAACAACAACAGCAGCAGCUUAGUCCGCCUGCAGCCUCAGCGGGCAGCUUGGUGCUGACUUCACAACAAAUACACAAUUGGCCCGUCUACAAACCGCAGCAGCAACAUCAACAACAGCAACAGCAACAAUUCGAGGAGCAACAAUUAGGCACAUACAGUGGGCAAUUUGCGUAUUUCUAUCCACAUGACGGCUCGGCGCCCAGUUUGCUGCUGCUCGGCGAGGAUUCCUAUCUAAAAGUUGACUAAGCCGCCACGCCCCUCACACCGUACCCUCAAUUGUUCCUUUUCCCUUUUCUAACAUUAAUUUUUGUACGACUGCAAAAGACUUUCCACGACAUAUGCAUCAUCUAUAUAUAUUAUAUACUAAACCUUAUACUCGACUGAAGGCCGCUGUCAGUUUAGACAUUUGUUGUUGCUUCCCCUAAUCUACACACACACACACACAUCUAUACACACACACAUAUGGGACACCCGCAUAACUGUAGAAGAAUCAAACUAAAAAAAAAUCUAUUUGCAUCUAGUAUUUUUUUUCUGUCAUUUUUUGCGUCGCCUAAAAAAAUUAUUU